UCAACGUGAAAAGUGUUUGCUCUGCAAUGAGCGCAUAAAAAUCGUGAAAAAUACCGUGAAAUAUCGAGUGAUUCCGUGCAAAACCAGUGACAUUCGGUUCCCCGCACCGCCGUGCGCUGUAGUAAGGUGGAGUUUUCCAAAUUUAGACGAACGGAGCUGAAAAAGUCAUAACAAAAGUGAAAUCGAUUUCUGGUGGUUGAAAAAUUUCGAUAGAUUUUUUUUGCUUGUGGAACGAAAUUGAUUGAGUGAAGAUGUUUGGCCCAAAGCCGGUAGGAUUUGGCCAAACGAGCACGGCCGGCGGGUUUGGUACGUUCGGUAACAAUACGGCUACGGCUAGCCCUUUCGGGCAGACCAAUACCUUCGGGAAGCCAGCGACGGCGGGAGCCUUUGGGACUACGCCCGCCUUCGGACAGCAAGCGACCCCUUCGCUAUUUGGACAAACGCAACCAGCGGGAGGAUUGUUCGGAGCCAAUACGACCGCAGCACCGGCUUUCGGAGCCCCGGCCACCACCCAGCAGUCUGGGUUCGGAGCCUUUGGUCAGCCGCAGCAACAAACUACUUCUCUGUUCGGAACGCAAAACAACACAGCUCCGAACACGUCACUGUUUGGAAGUAAUAAUAACAAUUCGGCUUUCGGAGCAGCGAAACCGGCUGGAUUCGGAGGGUUUGGCCAACCAGCGGCACAGACUUCUCUUUUCGGCCAGGCAACCACCAGUCAAACUACGACGGGUGGAUUUUUUGGUCAGACUGCGCAAAGUGGAGGGUUGUUUGGAGCCCAGAAGGCCGCAUUUGGAGGCGUAGCUGCUCCGAUUGGUGGUGCCAAUGGAACGGCGGUGGUCAAAUACCAGCAAACGGCCUCGACGGACACGCUGAUGAAAAAUGGCCAAAACUCCACGGUCCAAACCAAGCAGCAUUGCAUCACUUUCAUGAAGGAGUAUGAGAACAAAUCCGUGGAAGAGUUGCGUGUGGAGGAUUAUGGCGCCAAUCGGAAAGGUCCACAAGCGGGUGCGGCCGGAGGAUUUUUCGGGGCUACACCAGCUGCUACGCCCUUCGGAGCACAGGCUUCUCAGCCUCAGUCUCUGUUUGGACAGACAACAACGUCCCAACCGAGCGCGAGUCUGUUCGGAAGCACGACCAAUACAUUCGGACAGUCUACGGCCCCGGCUUUCGGAUCGGCUCAAGCCACAACGUUUGGUAAACCGUUUGGAACCACUGCCACCACUACUAGCUUUGGUUUCGGACAGACCAACACAAGCACGUUAGGAGGUUUAGGAGCGAACAAAGCGGCGUUCGGAUCACCCACUACCGGGAUGUUUGGACAGACGGCUGCCCCGGCGACGAAUACCUUCGGACAGUCCACUUUUGGAGGGUUCGGUACUCAGAGUCAGGCUCAACCUGCGGGAAGUCUAUUCUCAGGUGCUACAGCCAGUACGGCUGGACCUAGCGCAUUUGGAGGUCUAGGAAAUCAAACAACGCAAGCAGGGUUUGGUUUCGGAUCGAACACGGCAACGAAUACCGCAGGAGGGAGUCUGUUUGGUGCCAAGCCAGCAAACACAUUCGGAACGAUGCAAAGCCCCUUUGGACAGGCCCCAGCUUCGACGGCACCGUCUUUUGGUGGUUUUGGCACCAACACCAACGCCGGAGGAUCACUGUUUGGAAGCACUUUCAACAAACCGGCAGCUCCUUCUUUUGGCCUGAACACGACCACUUCGACGGGAGCCUUCGGAGGUGGUCUAAACUUCGGCGCCGGUUCGGGAUCCCUUUUUGGAAACACGGCUAACAAGCCGGGCGGUCUUGGAACCGGAACCGGUCUCUUCGGCAAUACGUCCGCCAUGGGAACGGGAGCGGGUGCAUUCGGAAAUCUCGGCACCGGAGGUUUCGGGGCCGGAUUAGGAACAAAUACAGGCAUCGGAAUGUCCGGACAACCCGCUCAAGCCGCAGUCCCGAUCCACCAACAAAUCCUCGCCAUGGUCACUUCCCCGUACGGCGAUAAUCCAAUUUUCAAAGGCAUCAAACCUCUGACCGGAGCUACUGCAGACUCCCUGAAACCGACCAACCCAUCGGCCCAGAAAGCCAUCCUUGAAGGCGCCAAUCAACAGUUCAAAGUUUCCCCGAAGGUCGCCGGAAACGGAGUCCGGGUCAAACCCUUAGGAGCUGCAGCCCUAUCGAAGAAAUCCCUCUUCGAAGGACUCGAAGAGUACGACAGCACCCUCGAAGAAUCGUUCUCGUUGAAACCGAACGCAAAACGGCUAAUCAUAAAGCCGAAAACGUCCACUCCGACAAUCACGAUCCAAGUUCGAACAUCCCUAGUCGGAACAGGAGCAGGAAACGAUUCCACCGCCAAGAACGAUGGGACAUCCAAAGAAUCCUUCCGUAACCAGAUCCCAGUCGAUCCGGUAGAUAUGCAACCAGGUUCCAGCAGCCAGGACACGAGUCGCCGCGUCUCGUGGCUUCAAUCGAACGCCCUGGACAAAGUCCGCCAAAGCAACCGGCUCUCGGAAUCGCUUAUGGACACCACCAUCAAAGAAUUCGCACCAUCAACCGCUCAAUCCGCCUCGGCUUCUUCGUUGGCCAGGGAUACAUCCGUCGAUUCCGGAUCGUCACCGUCAAGCGGUUCUGCCAUUGGGGCAACCGGCGGCGGCAAACAGGAUGUCACGAGCAGUUCGACGAUCAACAUGAACGAUACACUGCUCUCGUCGACGAAUCGGUCCUUCCUGAACGACAGCAUGGCCAAUGCCACCGGAAUGGGCGAUAUAUCGUCCAUCAGCAUCCAGGAAGAAGUGGAACCGCACCCUACUGGAAUCGUGCAGCGGCGUCCGGGUUACUACACCAUCCCACCGUUGGACGAGAUUUUGCAAGUGAUGGACGAGGAAGGUCGAUGCGUCGUGCCAAAUUUCACCAUCGGUCGGAAGGGCUACGGCAACGUGUACUUCGACGGACCGAUCGAUGUGGCCAACAUGAACCUGGACGAAAUGGUCCACUUUCGCAACAAGGAGGUGAUCAUUUAUCCGGACGACGAUAACAAACCUCCGGUGGGACAGGGACUGAACCGGAAGGCUCAAGUCACGUUGGAUCAGGUAUGGCCCCACGACAAGGCCUUACACGAACCCAUCAAAGAUCCACACCGCUUGGCACGGAUGGACUACGAAGGCAAGUUGCGGAGGGUGUGCGACAAGCACGAUACAAAGUUCCUGGAAUACCGGCCGGACACGGGAAGUUGGGUCUUCAAGGUGGAUCACUUUUCCAAGUACGGAUUGAGCGAUAGCGAUGACGAUGAGGUGCCGGUUGAUCCGAAGAAGGCGAAGAUGAUCGGUGCUGCCGGGGAGGACAAGCUGGGCAAGGAGAAGGGAGCAAUCCCUAAGAAGCCACUUCGAGAAAAGGUCGUAGGCCAGGAAGAUUUGAACAGCUACUCGAUGAUGACGAACGAAAGCUUGGCUCCGACUAGCCCAACCGCUGCGUUGGCCCUCGGACUGGGCACCGAUUCGCACAAACUGCAGCUGAUGAAGGCUUCGUUCUUCGUAGAUGACGACUUCGAUCGGAGGUCGAUCAUAUCGGACAUGACCGACGGAGGAGGGCGAGACAGUCCCGAUCAGAUGGUUCCCAAUAAGCCAUAUUUCGGACUCGGCAGGACCUUGACGAGCAGUUUGUACUUGAGAACCGAAUCUCCCAAAGAGUUGGAAGCAGAGUAUAUGCAGCUGGAUGAUUUCACUGCACCUGCGGCGCUUUUCACCACUUCUACCGGCAAGAAUUUCCAUCAGGAACAGAAGCAGAAACAUCACAAGUUGGCUCAAUCCACGGAAAUCCCACGCCCGAUUGGACCGAAAUCGUUGCCGUUGGUUUUGAAACCCAAGGUGGAACUGAUCCACUCCAACAACAUCGUAAUUCCGCUGGGAAAAUCCGUUCUGGCUCGAUUCCUGAACAACAAACUGGACCUGGCCUUCUUCCAUGGUCGCAAAUUCAAGGCCGGUUGGAGUUUCCCCUCGUCGCUGGUCCAGUUGAACACGGACGAGAACUGCUCCUCGCUGAAAAACGGCGAAGUAGUGCACCUCGGAGAUCUGCAUCGGUUCUUCGCGGGGCGUUCGCGUAAGGACUUUUCUCCGGCAGCGGUUCAGAUGCUUCGGAUUCGAUCGUCUGCCGAGAUUCCGGAAUUCCGCAAAACAGUCGAAGAUCAUCUGAGGAUUCAACUCAAGUACGACGUUGCCCGGAAAGUUUCCGGCAGUGAUUGUCCGUACUACGUGGCCGGUGGAAAGCAUGCUGCCCUCGCGGAUCAUUUGGAGAUGGCCCGCUUGAUCGCCACUGGUGGGGACUUUGAAGCGCUGUGCGUCGAGGUUUGGUCCCUCUGUGCUGCCCUGUGGGGAGCUCGCGAAGAGCUGGAAGAUGUGGAAGAGAGUGCCCAUAUGAGUAUCAUGUUCCGGCGGGAUCUAUUCUCCGAGUGGAUCGAGGAAGUUGUCACGGAAUUGACCUCUACGGAAGUGACGGCCACGCUGCAGGGCCAGAAGCAAGACUAUCUUGACCAAUUGCUCGAAUUGGUCUGCACCCACAAAGUCCUGGAUGCUUGCGAGUUGGCAUUCGAGAACAACGACAUAAACCUUUCGAUGUUGCUGGCACAGAUUUCCGGAGGUCCUACAGUUCGGCAAUUGGUUCAACAUCAACUAAGUUCCUGGCAGGACGUCGAAGCGGACAAGUUCAUCGACUUGCGGAGGUUGAAGUUGUUGAUGCUGAUCGCCGGAAUUCCGCUGCUUUCUUCAACCCAUGGACCAAUCAACAUUUUCGAAGAACUUGGUUGGCUAAAGGCCCUUGCCUUGAAUCUUUGGUACCUAUGUUCCCCAACGGCUUCCAUCACCGAUGCCCUGAUCAGCUACGAAAAGUCUUUCGAGUCCAGUGAAUUCUCCGCACUUCCACCGUCCCCGGCAUACACCUCCCGCUUCAAGCUGGACAGCUCCAAACCCAUCCGGGACAUCCGGUUCCACCUGCUGAAGCUCUUUUCCAAGCGUUCCCACCCGCUGGAAUCCCUGCUGAAUCCGGCCACCCACACUCCGGACCCCUUGGAUUUCCGUCUAUCGUGGUUCCUGCUGCAAAUUCUUGAAACACUCGGCUAUCGGCACUGUUCGGAACUUUCCCGCAGUCAACUGCACGUGUCCUUUGCCAGCCAGCUGGAGAAUCACGGCCUCUGGCAUUGGUCCAUCUACGUGCUGCUACAUCUGAACGACCAGUCGCGGCGGGAGUUGGCCAUCCAGGAUCUGCUCUAUCGCUACAUCCAACUGUCGUCGGACGAGGACGAGGACUACCUCGAACGGGAGCAGUUCGUCGUCGGUGAGCUCGGCAUACCGGAGAAGUGGAUCUUCUGGGCCAAGGCCGUGCGGGCCGGAUCCCGGUUCGACUACCACCAGCAAGCUCGGUUCCUGCUGAAGGCCAAACAGUGGUCCCAGGCGCACGAGGUCAUCAUGGAGCACAUUGCGGCCGAUUGCGUCAUCAAUGAUGAUAUCCCCUACCUUAAGACGCUUUUGGGCGAAUUCGAAGACAUCAAACAAAUCUCCAAUUGGUCCACCAAGGGUCAAAUUCUAAAGGAUUUCAUCGAGCUGAACGAAAAGUUCGAUCUCAUCCGGGACGCGAUCGACGAUGACGUCGCGGAAGCCCGGCUGGAGGAGCUCAAGCCCAAACUGUCCGACCUGUGUUCGGUGAUCAAGAUGUUCCCCUGCCCGACGCCGAAGCACCGCCUCUGUCAGAGCGAAAUCGCCCAACGGUUGGCCUAUCUGAUACGGUCGUUCUUCGCGCAGGAUCCCCGCAUCAACAGCUGUGCGCUGAUGCGAAGCGCCCUCGAGAAGCUCCCCCUGCCGCAGGAGUACGCCAAGGAAGAGCUCCGGCAUAUGCUCAGCGCGUUCCUGGUGGAAGACCUGCGGAAGCAGCAGUAAGUUUUAAUGCCUAUUGUAUCACACGACGGAAAGACAAAGACAACUGAGGGCAACUUUAGAAGUGGUCGAUACUGCUAAGUUUUCUAGAGCAUCCUAUUCACUUGUUAAGCAACAAAUUAUUUGAGAAUCUGUUUCUUUAUUUGAGAACAUACCCACAAUUAUUGGAUCGAAAACGUACACAAUACCUAGUUGGAAAUAAGAUAAAGUUUACUACGCAUUGCGAAAUGUUAUCCGGGUUUUUUUGUUUUGUGUUUUUCAGCUGACCUAUAAAUACGUCUCUAGAUUAUAAAGCUAACCUAAAAUAGUGGAAGUGUAAAACAAUCGUCAUGCAAAUUGUAGCUGAUUUUGAAUAUAUUCAACUACCUAUAAGAACUUGGAGUUACUGCUCCAAACUAUGCCUAUGUAA